AUGGAAGACGUUUUCUUACUGAAAGAGUCAGUUUUGUCUUUUCUAGACAGAAGUGGAGCUCUUCUUCAACUUGCUGAAGACUGCAAACCAUUCAACGACAUCCAGCGAAAUGAAGCUGUGUAUCGGUUCUGUAUCCGUGUGAACCCUUCAGACCUAAUCGAACUGGAUCCUAGAUUGGGUGACUGUGUUCUCAAUGACCCCCUCAAAGCUACAGCACUGUUUCAAUCUGUUUGUUUUCUGUCAAUAAAGACACUCUCCCUCAUAGAGAAAAUCCACACAGAAAGUCAGGUGAAUGUGAUCCUGAAGUUUACACACCUACCUCCGUUCCCUGAGUACACCUUGGACCUCUGUGAGUUUCCCUGUGGUUAUGGCCCCAUGAGGCCUGUUGCCAUGGAGGGCUUGGCCAUCGCGAUGACUAGGGUCUCCAAGUACACUCAGGGAGCCAGGUUUCUCUGUUCUGAGGAGGACUGUCCCUGCUCAACAGGUAGUAUGAUGUUAUCCUCAGGGUUCCAUCACAUCAGAGUGCACGCACCCGGAGCCACUGAGUCAGCCACAGUGAGGAGUGACUUCAGCUGCCUGCUCUGCUCCUCUCACCUCAAAGAGGACAUCAAGUUCCGGGUCCUGGGGGACAAGCAGCUUGUAGAGCUGAUCCAUGUUAAAGCACUGGAUGUCCUGAAAGUCCAUCCUCCCAGUGCCCUCAGGUACCAGUCUGUCACCCUGUUUCUCAGAGAUGAGCUGUGUAACUCCAUGAGGAUUGGACGUCUGUACAGGGUGCUGGGCAUACCGGCCCAUGUCCACCAGUGGCCCAACGUCACCUGGAGUGUGGAGGCCAAUAGCGUUCAACCGUGGGAGCCUGAAUACACGGGCACCAUCAGCUCUAACUUCCAGGCCCUGUUGACGGCAACAGCCUGUUCCCCCUGGAGGUUCUCUGCCAUUGUGGCUAACACGUUUGGAUCCCCUGUGGUUCCCCCGGGCUUGUACAGCACUCUGAAGCUGGGCCUGCUGCUUAGCCUGGUCCAGGGCCGGGAGGACAACCCAGACUCACUGCACUGCCUGGACCUGCUAGCCCUGACGACUGACACACUCAUACUGGAAAGGCUGAUGACGUACAGCCUGGGUCUGGCUGGCCGUGGGGUGAGACACCCUGCGACAGGGGAGAUGUUUGCCUCUCUUUCUCGUGAUGAACACGGAGCGGGCACGGCUAACAUCCACGCUGGCUCCGCCCUGCUGGCCACUGGAGGCGUCUGCAUGCUCGGGGACCUGGGCCACCACAGGAAAGAUAAGAUGGAUGCCCUUCAGUCAGCUCUGGAGAGUCGGACAGUGUCUGUGAUCAUCCCAGGGAAGAAGUAUGGAGAGGAUGCUGACCAGCAGAUCUCCUUCCCUGUCCAGUGCAGCUUCUGGGCCUUGGCAGACUCCACAGCUCCCUCAAACAAGACCACCAGGACUGACAGUACAGUGCUGGGAACAGUGGACAUGGGCCCGGUCCCUGCCCAGUUGGCUGAGGCCUUUGGUCUGGUGAUCCUGUGUCGGGAGGCAGGGGGAAAGCAGGCCCUGCUAGCCCAGACGGUUCACACCCUCAGACAGGCAGUGCAGCCUGGAGAGCCCCUCUACCCAUCCUGCAUGCAGUUCACCACACAGGACUAUAAGGAGCUUGUGGCCCACACCCAGAGGAUCCAGACAGAGCUGAGCCCUGGGGCAGAGAUGAUGAUCCAUGGCUAUUACAUGGCCAGCAGAAGGGUCCGCUCAGACUCGGGCCAUGGUGCAAAGGUGUCUGUGGCCUCCAUCAAGCUACUGAUCUCCCUGGCUGAGGCCCACAGUAAACUGUGUCUGAGAAGCACAGUGCUGGAGGAGGAUGCAGUGAUCGCUGUGUUGCUGUGUGAAAACUCCAUCACUCUCAGACAUGGAGCCUCAGCGCUCGUUAUCCCACCCGACGCAGCAUUUCCCUGUGACCUGUGUGACCUGGAAGCUCUCCACAGGAGAGACCUUAUCCUGGAGCAGCUCCAACAGAACAUCCUGCACUUUGUCUACGCCUACGCACCCGGGGCCGCCAGCUACAUCACUGAGGAGGAAUAGGACCACAGCUAAGUUAAAGGAUUUUUCUAUAUUGAAUUUCAAUGGUGAAAUGAGCUACUCAGAAGAAUAAAGAAAUGCAACGUAUUGAUCCCAGAAAUGUUCCAUACGCACAAAGCGCUUCACAUUGAGCAUUUCUCCUCUGCCAAGAUAAUCCAUCCACGUGACAGGUGUCAUACCAAGUAGCUGAUUAAACAGCAUGAUUGCUGUAGCCACAUCAGGUUGAGGGAGAGUGGAAUUAGCAUGCUUGACUGCAAGAAUGUCCACCAGAGUAUUGAAUGAGAAUUUGGCAGUACAUCCGACCGGCCUCACCUGCGAUAAGCCACCCAGACAGGUGAUAAAACUAAUUCUGACUGAGCCUAUUCCCUCCCAUGGCUACGCACCUGCAGUCAAUUGAAAUCCAUUGAUUAGGGUCUAAUACAUGAACUGUAACAUUGAUGUUUCAAUGUAGCCAGAAAAAAAAUUGCGAUUAAUGUACCAUAAAAUAUUUUAUUUCAUAACAGGGCAGAAUAAAAUAAACAUUUAACCUUAAGCAGGGGAGUCAGACCAAGGUUGUGCUUUUUUGACAGGCAAGAAUGGUGAUAGUUUAGGUCUCCAAGGUCACAUUUGUGAAGGAGUUCAUGCACCGCUUUCCAAACCUUGUGAAUUGUCAAUGAAUAGAAGAAAUCAGUUAAAUAAAUGACCAUUGUCUAAUGAGAUUAGCCAUCAACCUACAACUUUCUACCAUUGUGGGUGUAGUUGCAAUGCUGGUAAUUCAAAUGAAUGGCUUUUCAGCAGGGUAAAUUAGCAGAAAUGGCAUUAAUUCCAUUUAAAAUGAAUGAA